GCGGAGCGCACAGAGCCAGCCAAGGAGACGAUGGCCAGCCCUGCGCCCUUAGUGGCCUCCAUCAGCCACCAAAUGUUGGCUUUGCAGACCUUGCAGCUCCUGCAGCAGGAGUGGGGCUGGGGGGACGGUCCGGGCGCCCAUAGAAAUUCGCGCGACCUGGACCAAGUGUCUGCUGCCCCAGCGCAUCGCUCAAGCCCGCGGCGGGCCCCGGGCGGGGCUGGGGCGGGAGGAGGGCAGCAGAGGCCAGGGAUUGAGGAAUGGGGAGCCUGGGGGCAGGCGAGCUCCUCCGAGGUAGGAGUAGUGCCAGGUGCCAAGGGGGGAGCAGAGCUGCUGCCCUGCCCCCAGGGCCGCGGGCCAUGCACCCUGGCGCGGAUGGCAGUGCGCAGUGCACUGGCCCGCGUGGUGGACUCGACCUCAGAGCUGGUCAGUGUGGAGCAGACGUUGCUGAGUCCCCUGCUGCAGGAGCGAUCCUUCCCCAUCCACCUGAAGGACAGUGUUGAGUUUAGAAACAUCUGCAGUCAUCUGGCUCUACAGAUCGAAGGACAGCAGUUUGACAGAGAUUUGAAUGCUGCUCACCAGUGUUUGAAGACAAUAGUUAAGAAGUUGAUUCAGUCACUUGCUAACCUUCCUUCUGAUGCUCAUGUGGUAGCCUGUGCUUCAUUGAGACAGAUCUUACAGAAUCUCCCAGACAUAUGAGUGCUCAGGACACUGGAAUCAAAACCACAGCUAAGCACUGCUAAGAAAACUAGGGACCUUACCUUCCUGAUUGAAUCAGCAAACAAUGGAUGUUUUGAUUCUCACUAAAGAGACACUUGAUAAAAUAUAUAGCAGUCUGACCAGUGGCAUCUGUACCCUUAUAGCAUGUUGGUGAAAAACUUUUGAAACAGUACUUCACAUUUUUAAAUAUGUUGUCAUAUUUGAUGACUU